UUAAUCCCACAGACCUUCCACCAUUUUUAUUGCUUGUCCAUUUUCAGAGAAAGACACUGUGAAGAGCUCAUUAGAAAAAUUCAAUAUAACUUUUCGAUCCUCAUGAUGAAAUUUUACCUGACUACGGUAAUUUGACGUUUGAUGGAAGAAGUAAAUGUUACCUCCGGCUUUAUCCUUCUGGGCUUCUCAGACCUUCACUACAACCAUGGUGCCUUCUUCUCCACCCUUCUGGUUAUAUACACCCUCACAUGGAUGGCUAACUUACUUUUACUAAGUUCUAUUAAACUUUCUUCACAGUUGCACACGCCAAUGUACUUUUUCUUAGGGAACUUGUCUGCAGUGGACAUCUCUUUCUCUUCGGUGACGGUUCCCAAGCUUCUGUCCUUCAUUCUUUAUGGUAGGGCCUCCAUCUCUUUCCUUGGCUGUUUCCUGCAGAUGUUCUCUUUCCUGUUUCUGGGCACGACUGAGAGUCUUCUUCUGGCAGUCAUGGCAUUUGAUCGGUAUUUAGCUAUCUGUAACCCCUUACGCUACAUGUUGCUGAUGAAUGAUAAAGUAAUGGUCAUGUUGGCUAUUAUCUGUUGGGUGGCAGGAUGUCUACAUUCAUUAUUGCACACUUAUAUUCUGUCACAGUUAACCUACUGUGAGGACAGACUGAUCCCCCACUUCUUCUGUGAUAUGACCCCCCUCAUCAAGCUGUCCUGCUCCAGUACUACACUAGCUGAGCUCUUAAUCUACACGGAAGGUUCUACGGUUGUUAUAAUCCCAUUUAUUUUCAUUCUCAUCUCCUAUGUGCUCAUUGGAUGGGCUAUAGUGAGAAUGAAGACCAGCAGUAGCCGAAGCAAAGCCUUUUCCUCCUGUUCUUCUCAUCUUAUGGUCAUUUGUCUGUUCUAUGGUACCGACAUUUCCAUUUACUUUCGUCCUCCCUCUGACUACUCCUCCCAGUACGAUCGUAUUGUUAGCAUGGCUUACACCAUCAUCACACCCAUGCUUAAUCCUUUUAUUUACAGCCUAAGGAACCAAGAUGUGAGACAGGCUCUGAAGAAGGUCAUCAUGCAAUGUUUUUCUCAUAGGUUACCCUAGUAACCCUUUUGCUCAUGUUUUGGGAUAUUGAGAUGACUUUUUGUCCAUUAAUACUUACACGUUGUUCAUUAUCUCUGAGUAGGACCUUGAAUUUCCAAUUUUGCAUUCCUCUUUAUGUUGAUGAGAUGCAGUGG